GUCCCUGCCCUGCCCCCUCCGCGGGGCCUCCCCCGCCCGCGUCCUACAGCUGGGCCAGUGACGCUGGCGCUGCCGCCGCCACCGCCGCCGCGUUCCAUCCUCAGGAGCCGGCCACCGCUCGCGUCCUCGUCCUCGUCCUCGUCCUCCUCCUUCCUCAGCGCCCGGCCGCGCGAGCCAGACCAGGGCACGCGAGGCGUCGCGGGGGGACCCGACUGGGAGUGCAGGCAGGCGGGCGCGCUCAGCGGCGGAGCGGGUUCGGCGACGCGGGAGCUGCUAGCGCCCCCUUUCCCGGAGGUCUCGGCGCCGCUCCCGGGUGAAGCUACUCCUGGCUGGCUUUAGGAUUCUUCUGGAUUUUAAAGUCGUUCUUUUUAAAAAAAUAAAUAAAUAAAAACCUCGGACGGAUAAAAGAUGUGCCAUGGCAGGAUAGCACCAAAGAGCAGCUCAGAGUUUGUUGUGACUUCUGUGGGGCAUGGAGUGUUUCUUCAACUGGUGAUCCUUUGCGCUCUGCUGGGAGAUGGAUUAGCCUCCGGUAAAUGGAUGGAACUAGAAAAUAUCCUGAGUGAGGUAACCCAGACCCAAAAGGACAUGCAUGUGUGUCCUCUGCCCCCAGAGCCAGAGAAUGGUGGCUACAUUUGCCACCCCCGGCCUUGCAAAGACCCCUUGACAGCAGGCAGUGUCAUCGAGUACCUGUGUGCAGAAGGCUACAUGUUGAAGGGUGACUACAAAUACCUGACCUGCAAAAAUGGCGAGUGGACGCCAGCCAUGGAGGUUAGCUGUCAUCUCAUUGAAGACAAAGAAACCCAUGCACUUGGGGUCCCUGCACUGUCCAUAGUGGCUUCCACUGCCAGCUCUGUGGCACUCAUUCUCCUCCUCGUGGUGCUGUUUGUACUGCUGCAGCCAAAGCUGAAGUCUUUCCAUCAUAGCAGGCGUGAACAGGGGGUUUCUGGGGAUCAAGUCUCCAUUAUGGUGGAUGGUGUCCAGGUUGCACUACCUUCAUAUGAGGAAGCUGUGUAUGGAAGUUCUGGUCACUGCAUGCCACCGGCUGAUCCCAGAGUACAGAUUGUUCUGUCAGAAGGGUCUGCACCUAGUGGGAGGAACAUGCCGAGGGAACAGCAGCUGCAAGGCCAGGCGGCCUGCUCUUCUGCAGGUGUAGAGGACGAGGCCCCGGGCCAUUCUGGGCUGUGUGAAGCCUGGGGUUCCCAGGGCUCAGAGACUGUGAUGGUACAUCAGGCAACCACAUCUUCCUGGGUGGCCGGCUCAGGGAGCAGCCGGCCGACACACAAAGACACUGCAGAUUCAGAAAACAGUGACAUACAAAGCCUUUUAUCCCUCACAUCAGAGGAGUACACAGAUGAUAUCCCACUGUUGAAAGAAGCAUGAGGGCUGCCGCUGGCCUCUGUCCUCUCUGCCCGUCCUCUCUCUUCCUGUGGGUUUGAGUACCAUGUCCUCUCUAGCUGCCCCACCUGGAUGCCUGAACUGCCACCUGUGUAUCUCUGUGUACCUGAGAGCCUGCAGGCCACCUCGCUGGAUACUCAAGAAAGAUUCUCACCAUCUGCCCACUGGACAGCUGGAGGACCUGGCCGUUUGCCUGGCCCAGCCUUCCCAUCUGUCAGGGAUGUGUCUGAAUGUGCUGGAUUGAACCUCCCCUUCCCCUCAGCCUCUGGGUCCCUUCCAGCCAGCUCUUGGUGGCAGCCCCACAGCCAUGAGGGCCUGAGCACUGCUGUGUUUACUUGUGCCUUCCCCACCCUGUCCAGGUUCCCUGUUGUGCAGGUGGGUUGCUAUCCCCAGGCCUUAGUGGCUGCUGCCACCUGUACCCCAGGGCCAGGCCUGAGGCUGCAGAAACAGAUUGAAGAGUAGUAAGGCACUCAAAGCAGGAAUAGCUCGUGCUGGGUCCAGAAUGUGGGUCCCUGAGCUUGCCCUGUGUGUUGACACUGAUGGCGGCAUCUUCCUUAACUGAGGACAGAGGUUUGGGAAGUCAUGCCAGAACUGCCCAGCACUCAGCUGACCAGCGCUCGUGCAGGUUGCUGGCUCUUUUGAGAGUUUCUAAGAAGCACCCAGAAGACCUGUGAGAGGAGGAGAGGUGUCAGUUACUGAUUGUCUUCCUAAUACUCACGUUCUCACUUCCUGCUUCCAGCACUGGCUGCCUUGGCCUUGGUUUCUGUUCCUGGAUAAGGGGAAGCUGCAUGCCGUUUCCUGGACUUCGUCCUAGGUAGCUCUGGCUUCCUUGCAGCCCACAGAAUCCUGAGAUUUGCUGAGAUGCCAACAAAAGCUCAUUUGGCUUUUGGCAGUCUGGGCAAGUUGCCCCUUUUUAGGUUUGUGGUGAUGGAGGGGAGGCUGAUAGGUACAGACCAAGUCCCCGGGGGCUGCAGGCAGCUCCGGCAGGUCCUGAGGAUCCUCCUCAUCACGGUCAUGUGCCUUAGUAACUGUGCCCAGGAAGUGGCCUGCUGUGCCACUGCUCCCGCUCCGUUCUCUCCUCCCUGCCUUUCCACGUCAUCGUUGACAAGCCACUCCUUAUUUUCCCUGCCAGCUGAUAGAGAUGGUGGGUACCCAGAAACCUGACAUAUAGGUCCUGGGAGUGGGAAAGUACUGGCCUAGAAGAAAUGCUCCAGCCAUUUCCAGCCUCCUAUGGCCCUGUACUGAAUGCUGACAAGUCUGGGUAACUGAGCCUCACCAGGCUUCUACCAUCUUGAGAAGACAGAUGUGGCAUCAAGGAAUGUGUGGGUUUUUUCUUCUCAUCUUUCUUCCUCUUCUUCCUCCUCCUCUUCCUCCUCCUCAAGCCUUGGGGCUGGGAAACUCUUCAGAGCCAGUCCUGGACUGAACCUGUGAUGAGCCUCUCUGGGAUGGUAAAAUAAUAAAAGCCCAGUAUAUUUAUAGUUCCUGACACAACAGGGUUAGCUCCAGGCAUCUGUGGCCUCAAAAAUAGGGGAAUGACUUCUCCUAGCCAACUGCCUACUGCCUACUGCCUCCAUUCACAAUGCACUUUAGUCCCUGUCAUGCCUGGCUUCCUGCCACCCUCAUCUCCUCUCAGGGUAAGGGCAGUGCCUGCUGUUCCUGCUGGCCACUCCCACACUAACCCAGGAGGCCAGUCCAGUGUGCUCAGUGUCCAGACAAGUAUGGUUGGCUGAGGAAUGAGCUGGAAAAGGUGCUUAGACUAGACGACUAGAACACCCCUAGCAGUUGCUGCCAUAGGCUUACCUGGGGGUGGGUUCCAAGGCCCCAAGCCACCUCACCAUGGCGCUUCUUCAGCUUCAGUGGUGUCCACCCUCCUCAAGGGAGAGCUGGGCAAGGAGCGCGAGUCUUCUGAGUGGGCCUGCUUCUUUUGCUUACUGCUUUUCUAAAAUCUGAGUUCUGUUUUAGUUCUGUGUCAUUACCCUGGGCUUUUGCCCCUUACAGAUUGCACUUCUUUGGCUUAUUAUUUAGCCUUGUAGGUGCCUGGCUUUGGCCUUGGGUAAAAGAACCUCCUGGUGCCUCGUUUUCUCUCAGCAUCCAUUAGCCUGCUCUGGGGAAUCACAGGCCCAGGCUUGUCUAAAACUGAAGGAUGAAGGGCAUCCAUGCAUCCUCUUGUCACUGGCUUUUAGAAGGUCUGUUCUUGAGGUCUCCCACCUGUUGCUGGCAUCUGUGGCUUCUUCCUGCAUUGUUUUCUUCUGCAGCAAUUUCUUAACCAUUAGCCAUGUGCUGUGGUUUCUGGGGCAUCUGGACUUUGUCCAUUACAGACGGACUGGGGACUUAAUUGACUUGAAGUGGAGCCUGCUAGAAACAGGGUCAGUGGCAGGUGGCAGGCGGAUGGGCAGGAAGAAGCUUCGAGCAAGUGGGAAGAAGCUAAGCAGCCUGCUUUACUGGGCUCACCUCCAGGGGCAUCCCGAGACUUGUCCAAAAGAGGCUGUCAGCACCAAAGGACUUUUACACAGGGUUUUUUGGUUUGGGAGAUGUUUUUGCUUUUUCAUACUUAGACUGACUCAAUGCAGGUUUUAUAUCUUGGUGACUUGCUGUCACAUUCUUCAGUUUUCAAGGGCCAGAAUGAUGAAAUAAAUAAAUAGAAAAUUCCGUCCUUCCAUGCCUUAGUUUAACAGGUGGGCUCUACCUGCCCAGUUCUGUGUUUUGUGUGAGAACUGUGAAAUGGGCAGAGUCCUGCCCACUUUGUGGGUUUGUUUGGUUUCAUAAGGCAUUUCAAUGUACAUUCUUCAAGCACUCCAUUUGCAAAGAGAACUUAAAGCAUACUGUCUUCCCCGUUCAUCCUGCCCUCCUCCCUGCACCCCCAGCUUUACAAUUCUGUAAAGAAGCCAGGCUACAAGACAGACAAAGGUCUAUUUUUCCUGCUUUGAGAGUGGCCAAGUGGGGAUAGAUGGCAGUUGGCCUUUUUCCUCCCAGUCCUAUCAGAGCUCUUGAGUCACUUGGCUUCCUGCAUAACAAUAUCUCCUCUGUUCUGAGGAACAUUCUAGCAUAGAAAAUGGAAUAUGCUGCAAACAUUUCUAGAUCCUUCCUCCCUUCCCCCUCCUUAAAGAACAAAGAGGCUAGAAGGGACACACAGCAUGCCUACCACACAGCUUAAUUCCAGGUAUACUUGCACCUGACAGUAUAGCUUGAGCCUUCUCUGCAGGGCCUGCUGGGUCUUCUGCAGCCUUAGAGAAUAUUUUACUUGGCAUUUUACUAGGUAGUUGAAAACCUAGUAGAGUUUGAACAAAGCGCACCCCACCCCACCCUUCCUUCACCCAGCAGCAGAGCUCACCAUGGGGGAUGCAGAGUAGAGCACUUGGAUUGCCAAGGAGGGAGAGGAAGUAGUUGAGGGUUGCAUGGCUGUAUCCACACUGGCCUGGCUUCUUAAGGCUGUGCACCACUAUGGGAUCCUUUGCAGAAUGGUACUCAUAUAAUGGUUUAAACAACACAUGCUUAAUUGACUGUGCAGGAUGUCAAUCAAUCUGGGUUUGCUUUAUUUUAUUUUAUAUAUAUAUUUUUUGGUAUCCUGUACAUUGCAGUGGGUAUGAAGAUAGUAUUUUAAUAUUUGUACAAAGUUUAAUUUAAUUUUAAUUGUUCUAUGUAUAUAACUGCAUUUCUAAAUAAUAAUAAAAAUUCUUAUGAAGGCA